AUGGAAGAAGAUGCCAGCCUGUUCCCUAAGAAGCUUUUGGACGACGCCCCCCUUGUGGAGGAUGAAACAGAUGAACCGGAGGAUCCGGAGUUUGUGCUGGGCCCUGUCCCUGGGGAGGCUGAGAACGAGGCGGACCCAGGAAGCUCCUGUCCAGGGAAAGAGCAGAAUGCAGACAAGAGGAAGCAGAGACCAGCCGUCCAGGACAGAAUGCAGGCCUCACUCCUGCGGAGGGAUUUGAGCCACCUAGACCAGCUGCAUGAAGAGAAAGACCUUUUCACUCAGAACACGAGGGAGGAGCUGCGUGCUUGCCGCUGGAGGAUGGGGCUCCUCGCCAAGCAGCAGGAGAGCGUGGCAGCUGGCCCGGCCGCGGAGAGAGCCGCCGGCAACAGGUAGGUCGGAGCCGUGGGUCGCCUCGAGGCAGCGUCCCAGCGCCCGUGCUCAGAGCUGGGGAACGAGGGGGACCUGCAGGCGAAGAUGACGGCCGUGCUGCAGGACAGCGUGAGCGCCGUGUGGCACAUGGAGAUCCAGGAGAGGCAGCUGGAGGACGCCCGCGAGUCGGCCCGAGCGGAGGCCCCGGCUGCCAGGAAAUGCCUCCGGGAGAGGGGGGCCUCGGGGAAGGCAGAGCGGAACCGGCUGCUGCGGGUGCGGAGGUCCGUGUACCUGCAGAAGGAGCACGGGCUCAGGCACCAGAAGCUGGUGGAAGACGCCCAGAAGAACCAUCGGAAGGCCGUGAAGUUCCUGAAGGCCUCCCUGGGGAGGAUCCGCAAGCAGGAGCAGAGAGAGGAGCUGGAGAGCCGCGAGCACGCGCGCAGGCGCAUGGACGCCGUGCUGGCCCUGAAGAACAGCAUCUCCGCCAACCGGGAGACGCUCCGGAAAUUUCAAGCAUGGGGCCAGGCCAAGGCAGAGCUGGCGGAACAGAGGGCCCAGGCCGAGAAGGAGGUGAUUCUGGCCCAAGGUGGGGACGCUUUCAAGCACUUUUGCCAUCAACGCCGGCGCCAGGAGCUGGAGGCCCAGAACCGCGCCUUCAAGGAGGAGCAGAAGCUCAGGAAGCACGAGAUUGUGAGUCGGAUCUUGAAGGAGGAGGCCGAGGAGGCCAGGAGGAAGCAGCGGCCCUCGCCCGCCAGACCCGCGGGCCGGCCGAUCCUGAGGGACCAGACCUGGAGCUACGUGGCCGCUUUCCAUGACGGGAAGGGCCCGGCGGACCUGCCCUGCUGCCCCCCGGAGGGCAGGUCUGCGUUACCCCAAGCCUCUCUGCUGGUGAAGGCCGCGUCCAGCGAGUCCGUCCAGGCGGACAGGGGGAGCCUUGGCCGGGAGGCGGGGACGCUGGCUCAGCCGGAGAUCCCCGGGCUCUGGAAGGAGGACUGCAAGCCGUACCAGGUGCCCAAGGAGGAUGUGGACCAGAAGUCCGUGGGCGGAACGAAGACCGACAAGGACAUCCUGGCACGCACUGCGCAGCAGCUGUGCCGCGGGGUGACCCACAAGCAGGUGGCAUCCAGGCGCGAGUUCAGAGGGUGUCCCUUCCACAGCAAGCCCAAGCUCGUCCACUUCAAGGACUUUGAUAUCGGCAAAGUGUACAAGAAAAAGAUCACGCUGAUUAACGCCACCUACACGAUUAACUACUGCAAGCUGGUGGGCGUGGAGGAGCGCCUCGGGGACUUCAUCCACAUCGACUUUGACCCCCCUGGUCCCAUGCCAGCCGGCAUGUCCUGUGAAGUGCUUGUCACCUUCAAGCCCAUGGUAAACAAAGAUCUGGAAGGAAAUGUCUCGUUUCUGGCUCAGACGGGCAGGUUUUCCGUGCCACUGAAAUGUUCAGCGAAGAAAUGCUCCCUGUCCCUCGACAAGGAGCUCAUCGACUUCGGCAGCUGCGUGGUGGGUGAGACUGCAUCCCGGACCGUCACGCUGACCAACCUCGGGGGCUUGGGCACCGGGUUCAGGUUUCUCCUGGCAUCAGAGUGCUGUGAGAUGGACACGUCCCCGUCGGUCUUCAGCACGAGCAGUAACUUCACAUAUGAAGACAAGGGUUUUGACAGUAACGUCGCCACCAGUUUUUCCAAGCAGCUGACGGCGGGCAAUGAGUCCGUGCCUGCAGAUGUGCCGAGCCAGAAGGAGUCUGGAAAACUGGACAUAAAGGAGAAGGAGGAGGGGCGCCCCGUAGAAUCAGAGGGAGUGACCUCGACCACCAUCGUGACUGUACCUCCCAACGAGGAACAGACGGAGUUCUCACUGGGAGAGAUAACAGAGGGGGAGAUUGGCCCCUUCAGCACCAUCAAAGUGCCCGUCAUCUUCACCCCGAUUGUCCCGGGAACGGUCUCCACCAGGUUCAAGGUCAUGUUUAAGAAUCAGCAGUGCCCGACUUUAUAUUUCAAAGUCGUCGGUGUUGCUAUCGACGUGCCAGUCUGGGUGCCAAAGCCCAACGUAGACCUGAAGAUCUGCAUGUACGACCGGCUGUAUCAGGACUCCAUCCUCGUCCACACACGGUGGAAGACCGCCCUGCGCCUGCACUUCGAGGUGUGCAAGGGGCUGCAGGGCCACCUGGAGCUCCUGCCCAAGACCGCCUGCAUCCAGGCCCUGUCGUCCUACUCGGUGCGGCUCAAGUUCCUGCCCAGACGCUCCCUCCCGGAAGAUGCCGGGAAGUAUUUUGACAAGGAAAGCAGAGUCCUGGAGGCCCCGAUGACUAUCCGGGUGGCUGACCAGAUCAAACCCGUGGGGUUUACUGUCCACGCCAUAGUCACCACCUCGGACCUGGAGCUCAGCCCCUCGGGGGUGGACUUCGGCUACUGCACCAUCUACGAGGCCAUCAGGACCCAAGUCAGCCUCUGCAACCACUCCCUCCUGCCCCAGGAGUUUGGGUUCGUCAGGCUCCCCAAGUUUGUGGACAUCCAGCCCAAUGAUGGGUUCGGGACAAUCCUGCCGCUGGAAACUCUGCAACUCGACGUAAUCUUUCAGCCCACCAAGGCCAAGGAAUACAACUUCGAGCUCGUCUGCAAGUCAGAGAUUAACCGGUGCUUCAAGCUGACGUGCCGGGCUGUGGGUGUCCACCCGCUCCUGGAGCUGUCCCACUACCAGGUCAAGUUUGCGGCCACCUCCUUGUACAACACGUCGGUGGCCACCCUGUACGUCAUCAACUCCCGCCUGAGCAUGAACCCGCCGACGCCCUCGGUACCCCGCAUCGGCUUGGAGGACACAUCCCCUGUGGGGCCCACAUCUUUCGAGUUCCUGCUGCCCCCAGACUCCCCCAUCACCAUCUCACCCUCGGUGGGCACCGUGUGGCCAGGAAAGAGGUGCCUGGUCCGGGUGGCCUUCCGGCCCGUGCUGACCCACGAGCUGAUCCACCAGGAAGCCUUACAGGCCCUGACCAAAGAAGCUGAGGCCAAAUCGGACACGGCCACCCAGAGGAAGGACCAGCAGAGACAGUCCUCCAUACUGCGGCUGCAGAACCGAGACCGGCUGUCCCAGGCCUCUGCCUCCCAGCCCCUGGAGCUGCAGAAAGAGGACCUCACGUCCAGCUCCCAGGAGUACCAGGCUGCGCAGGCCACCCUGACCAGAUCUUUCCAGGGCAAGUUUGACAAGUUUGUGGUCCCCUGUGUUGUUGCCAGUGGUGACACCAAAGACAGGAAGGGGACGGAACCCCUGAGCUUCAGUGCCCACAGCACCGUGUACCUGGAGCUGUGGUGUCCAGCGGUAGCACCAUCCAUCGUGGUGACGUCCGACAAAGGCAAGACCAUCGCUGACUUCGGCGACAUCGCUGUAGGACAACGCGGCAUAAAGAAAGUCUCCAUCCAGAACAUCUCCCCCGAGCGUCUCGAACUGGAGUACUCCGUGCUGAACCCCAACGGCCCCUUUGUCCUGCUGAAUCCCAUCGGCAAGCUGGUGUCUGGAGAGACCCAGGUCCUGGAGCUGUCCUUCUCCCCCCGUGAGAGCGUCCUGGCCCGGGAAAUGCUGGAGGUCAUCACCAAGAGAGGCACGCUCUCCCUGGCCCUCGUGGGCACAGGCGUGGCGUCCAUGACCACGUGCUCCAUUGAAGGAGGCGUCCUCAACAUGGGCUACGUGAUCGCCGGAGAAUCCACCUCCGUGGGCUUCAAGCUGCAAAACGAUUCCCCGCUGCCCAUCAAGUUCUCCAUGCAGUUGGACAGCCUCUCCACCGGGAGCGGAGACGAGCACCGGCUGCCGCAGUUCCUGGCCUCCCCGGCCCAGAGGACGGAAGUCGUGGGCACGCAGAACUACAGCGGCCAGAGCGUGUUCAGCGUGGUCCCGGUGGAGGGCGUCAUGGAGCCGGGCAGGGCGCAGGACUUCACCGUGACCUUCAGCCCGGACCAUGAGAGCCUGUACUUCUCUGACCGGCUUCAGGUCGUGCUCUUCGAAAAGAAAAUCUCCCACCAGAUCCUCCUGAAGGGCUCGGCCCGCAAGCACAUGAUGUUUGUGGAAGGCGGAGACCCCCUGGAUGUGCCUGUGGAGUCCCUGACCGUGAUCCCUGCCUUGGACCCCGAGCGCACAGAGGGUGACCCCCAGCCAGGCCCUCCCUCUCCAGAAGCUGAGGAGCUGAAGCCCAUCCUGGUAACCCUGGCUUAUGUCCAGUUGGACACAGACACGCCGGCCCCACCUGCCACCCGAGAACUGCAGGUGGGCUGCAUCCGGACCACCCAGCCGUCCCCAAAGAAGACUGUCGAGUUCAGCCUGGACAGCAUCGCGUCCCUGCAGCACAAGGGCUUCACCAUCGAGCCCUCCAAGGGCUCUGUGGAGCGCGGCCAGACCAAGACCAUCAGCGUCUCCUGGACGCCACCCAUCGACUUUGAUCCGGACCACCCACUCAUGGUGUCAGCGCUGCUGCAGCUCAGGGGGGACGUGAAGGAGACCUACAAGGUCCUCUUCGUAGCGCGGGUGGUGACGGGCCCCUGAGGCCACAGGAGUCUCUCCACAGAGCCCUCUCGGGUCUUCCUGCCGCAUUUGAAGCCCUCUCCCGGUCUGUGGACCCAGCAGAGCCAGCCAGGGGCCUGGGACCUGGACAUCCCUGCUGGGCAGCUUCAAAAGGGUGGCCCCCCACA